GUAAAUAAAACACAAUUUAAUCCCGUAAAAAACAAAAAACAAAAAAGGAACACUACAUUGUGGACACGUACGAAAUCCAGUCAAAAAACCCAUUCAUCUUCCAUUCUACCGCAGUCAACAGUAGCACUCCUACAGUCCCAUUUCCACAGUCUCACAGUCUCACUUACUCUCUUCUCAACUGUACAACAACCAAAAUGGGUAUAAAAAAACGCAAAACACCCAAACAACCCACCACCACUGCCGCCGGCGAAACACCGCCAAUAGGCCCCGGUGUCGAAUUCCGCAACCCCGAAGACGAUGCCUGGUACAACAUUCGACUCCUUCUUCAAAACCAAACUUUACUCGUCAAAUUCAUCGAAUUUCCAGACGACCACGACUUGGAAUUCCACACCACUGAAAUCUCCUCUUCCGCCGAAAUUUCCGAAUUCCGGCGACGAUUCCGACCGUUGACUUUGCAGUUAGAACCGUCGGAUUGUGUAACGCUCAAAGUAGGUAUGAGGGUUUGUGCUUUGAUGAAUUCCGUUAUUUGCCGUGAUGAUCGCCGUUUUUAUGACGCCAUUGUUGAAGCGGUGAAGCGUGAGGAGCAUACUAUUGUGGAUGAAACAGAGAAUUGCUCAUGCACUGUUAUUCUUUCAUGGCUGCAUGGUCCAAAAGCUGGGACACUGACAACAGCAAGAGUUGAAGAUCUUUGCCCAAUCCAGCCUCCUUGGCUUGAUCCACGGGUUGCUUGCUUUUUGGAGCUAGCCAAGUGGAAGCAAGGAAUAGCUUCACCUUGUUCUAAGUUGAUCAGUGAGGGUAUAACACGUAAGGAAGAAAGUCCUACCUCUUUAAAUUGCCAACGUCGGAAUGUUAUUCAGGAAUUGGAAGACGAAAGACAUACGGGAAGUAUAGUGCCAUAUGAUGAAGGAAAUAUUGGCCAUGAAAAGAAUGAAGAUGUAGAUCUCGGAGGGGGAGGAGAUAAUGUUCAUGCUAAGGAAAGGCUAGAUGAUGAUAGUUAUUUCUACUCUUUGGAUAAAUUGGUGGCAGAUGUGUGUAGUAUCGGUUUGGGAGGGAGGGAUAAUGGAGAGACUGAAGUUGCAGAUACAGAAGCACGCUAUUUUGUUGUGGUUGAGAACUUGGAGAAGGAUAUAUCUCGUUCAACCAUUGUGGAAUUUGUAUUAGAAGAGACUGGUCUUGAAAUUGAAGCUUUUGUUUUCUUGAGUCUGUCUACAGAGCCAUAUACCAGAGGAGCCCUUGUGGUUGAUCGUGCUGAGGAUCUCGAGAGAUUGUGUAAUUUUAUGGUUAAACCAGACCAGAUGAUCACAUCAUCAAAGGGAAGGCCAUGGAUUGUGUCGGAUACUUCAACGACUGAAUCGGUGAGGCCUUCUUUUUGGUGUUUGGAACCAGAUCUCAAGGAUGAAAGGCAGCAGUCAGCUGGUGAUAGAUUGAGAGUUGUUCAGUCAGGAAGUGAGGAAUACAGCAAGGCAGAGAAGCUAAGGGAUUUAUAUCUGGCUUUCACUACCCAUCAACAGCAAUUGUCCAAAAGGCUGGCCUUGGAGGAGCAGCGCAUCCUGGAUGCCUAACACGAGUAUUGUGUAGAAUCUUACAAACUGAAUGCAGUAUCUAUGAUGGAAGCAUAGAUACCCUGUUCAUAUUAACUUAACCAAACUGUUCAGUAAUGUUUGUAUUCAAUGUUAUCACGGCCAGCAGUAUUCCGGAUAGCACUAUAGAAGUAGAGAUACACAGCCCAAGCCUUUAGUGAAUUAUGUGAGCUGCAUAGUACAUUAAAUCGAGCACUGUUUUACCUGAAGUUGUAGAUGUGCAUAUGGCGUUGUAAUGACUGAUUGAUUAUGCUAGUAGUUGUAUAUGUAUAUGCUUCGUUUAUCAGUGUUAUCUCUGAUGCUUCUCUUGCUUCUUUAAAGAUUUUUCUUCUGCAAAUACAAGAACAAACACUUUUGUUUACAAUA